AUGGUUAUCGGAGUAUUCGUUACUUUUCUAGCAGGACUGAUGGCAGGACUGCAUCUUCUCAACCGCGCUAGAGAGUGUAAGAUGGCUGAAGUGUCUUGCGUCGAUGUUGCAUCAAGCAUGCAUAUAGAAAAUGACAUCGAUAUCAUUUAG